GUUUUGCUAUGGCACCAUUGGGUGAUCAUCACAUAACAGAUUCCAGUUUGGUACACAUUGUAAUUAAUGGUGACGAAAAGUUGUAACCAGUGCUAAAAUGUGCAGUGAGUUGUUGGAUGCAGUCUCUGAGGCUAUUCCUGCAGAGCGUGUAAGGAUAUGUUUGUGUGUUCUGUGCGGUCUUCCAGCUGCAGGGAAGUCGACGUUAGCGCAAGCUCUCCCCGGCCACUUUCAAAACAGGGGCUGGAGGAGUUUUAUUUUGUCUUACGACGAAAUCAUUCCCGAGGAGGCUUACGAGUUGAGGAAAGAGGAGAAUGACGCAAUCGCGGACACGCAGUCCAGCUGGAAGUUAUACAGACAAGAAGUGCUGCAGUGUCUGGACGAGUUUCUGCGGAGUGGCCAUAUACCAGUGCGUGCGACCGGCUCCAGCGGAGGAAAAUGGGAUACCUGGGCGCGUUUUGCACGCAUUGUGCAGGACCAACGGGUGUCUGUGACAGCGACUUCGCGCCCUCAUUUAUUACACGGUCACACCAGGCCGUUCAUCGUUCUCCUUGACGACAACUUUUACUAUCGGAGCAUGAGAUACGAAGUGUACCAGCUGGCCAGAAAGUUCUCCGUGGGAUUCUGCCAGCUCUACCUGCAGUGCCCUGUGAACUCCUGCGUUACCAGAAACCAGGGGAGGAGUUGCCCACUGCCCGAUGACGUCAUCGCGGAAAUGGCGACGCGGAUCCAACCUCCGAACCCUGACAAAAACCCAUGGGAGCAAAACAGUCUCACGCUGGCCAGCACAGAUGAAUUUUCACAGGAGAAUAUAGAGAUGGUGAUGACAUUAUUUGCUGCUGCACUGGACAACCCAUUGAGCCCAGUCCAGGACAACACAGAACAAAAGGAAGCUGACCGCCAGCGCUGUGCCUCCAGCAUCGUCCACCAGGCUGACCAGGCCUGUCGCCGCCUUGUGUCCCAGGCUAUGCAGAAGGCCAGAGAGUAUAAAGUGGCUCCAGGCAGCAUGAGGAUUCUAGCUGCAGAUCUGAAUCAGCUGAAGGCCAGGGUCCUGGACGACCUUCGAAAAGAUGCACUCCAAGGCUGUUCCUUCAGCCCUGGAGAGACUGUGAACAUUGAUCAGGUGGUGAGCACAGCAGUUGCAGACUUUGACCGGGAGAAGGAGGAAUUAAUAAGGAAGCACAGCAGAGAAGAUGAAGCGAAACUGCUAUGA